AAAGAUUUGCAUCUUGUUUUUUUUUUCAUGUUAUUGGUUAUGGAUUGUGAUUCAUUCGGUUUCCUGCGUUUGUUUGUUGCUGGAAUUUUGCUUAGUUUGUUUGGUUGGGGUUUGGAUUUUGCUGGAAUUUGCUCAAGUUUGCGUCUGUCUCUGUGGUUAUUGUCUACCAUAAGCCCUCAUUUGUUAACAAAUUUCGUUGGGGCUUUCGUUUUGUAUUCGGUUCGAUUCGCUUCAGAAUUCUGCAUUGUUUCUUUGGUUUCGGCUCAAAUUGUUCUCGUUUGCGUUCAAAUUCUUGGAUGUCUGGUGUGAAGACUACAGGAGGGAAGGGUGAAGACGGACCUAGCUCUUCGUUGGAAAGAGCAAAGGCUGAUGACUUUGGGAGAUCGAUUUCAAAGAUUGUCGUGGCGCAGAUUUGCGAGAGUGUUGGUUACCAGGGAUAUAAAGAGUCUGCUUUGGAGGCUCUUGCAGAUAUCUCGAUUUGGUAUCCCUGUGACUUGGCGAAAAAUGCAAGUUUUCAUGCUAAUUUAGCUGGUAGGACAGAAUGCAAUGUGUUUGACAUAACGCGGGCUUUAGAAGAUUUGGGAGAUUCACAUGGGUUUCCGGGUGCUUCAGAGACUGGGAAUUGUCUUGUAGACUCCUGCAUAGUUAAGGGAAUAACUCAGUUUGUGGAUACGAAAGAGGAAAUCCCAUUUGCUCAGCCAGUGCCCAAGUUUCCAGUUGUUAGGAACGAGAAGCUGGUUCCUAGUUUCAAGCAUAUGAAUGAAGCCCCGCCUGGAAAGCAUAUCCCAAGUUGGUUGCCGGCUUUCCCUGAUCCCCACACUUAUAAUCAUACACCUAUGUGGACUGAGAGAGCAUCGAAUCCUUGUGCCGAUAAGAUUGAGCAAGCACGGCGGCAAAUAAAGGCUGAGAGGGCUUUGCUGAGGCUGCAACAGAGAUUUGUCUUGGUUGUUUGCACAAUUCUUCCCAAGGAAGCAAUAAUUUCCGAUAGUAUAAUAUUCUUGUUGAUUGGUGAUAGUGUGCAUGCUUGCUACUGGAAGUCAAUGUUGAUCAUGAGAGGAGAGAAGGUUUGGCAUUGGUUGAGCGAGACUUGUGCUUUGCUGAGUUAUAUGAGUGUUGGUUUCUUAUUCCAUUUGGGCUUUACUGUUUUUUUUACUUUGGCCACUGUUGAAUCAUUGGUUUCAAUGAUUGCUAUUGGUUAUUGA